AUGGAAAUGGUAUUUCCAGAGCAAGAACACCCAAAUAAGGCCUUUGCAUGGGCUGCCACAGAUUCUUCUGGCGUUCUCUCUCCCUUCAAAAUCUCAAGAAGGAAAACGGGAGAGAAAGACGUGGCUUUAAGAGUUUUGUACUGCGGAAUAUGCCAUUCGGACCUUCACAAGGUCAAAAAUGAAUGGGGUACUACUAGCUAUCCUAUUGUUCCUGGGAAUCUCGAUAAAAGACGUGGGAACGAGGUCCAACCUCUUCUAAUGCUGAAAGUAGAAAUAUCACUAGACUAA